AUGGCUUACUUUAGGUCACUGAUAACCAACUUUAUAGUUUUAUUGAAUUUCUCUUAUGGUGUUAUUAGUCAGGGAAAUAAUAAUGAUAACCCUUUUCCUUGGUGGAUAUUUAUUUCAUCUUAUCCUACUCCAUUUGCCAACAGAUGUAAUGGUCAACAAGCUAGACGAUCAUGUAAUUUAUGUAUUCAUAGCCAUCCCAGCUGUUAUUGGUGUAACUAUGAUAAUACUUGUAGAAUGUUGCCAACGGGAAGAACUCAUCCCUAUCCAGGAGAUUGUCCUAAUGAUGAAUGGCAUCUUAACCAAUGUAUCAUCAAUGGUAGUGUAUUUGUCUACCUUAUUCCUGUUGCUAUCGUUAUCGUAGCAAUAGGUAUAACUAUUAUCAUUUACUGUUGCUGUUGUCGUUACCAAUCAAGAGAAAAUGUCACAUCAUUACCUAAAAUCACUACACCCAAUAGGCAAAGUAAGAAGACCAAGCAGUCAAGACUGAAAAGCCAACAAAUUCACGAAUCUAUUCGUUCAAAAUAUAAGCUCAGAUCUGUUGCUGGUUUGACUAGAGGUUCUUCGGAUGAUAGCUUCUCCUGGGAAGAUCCAAAUAGGAUCACUUCCAGUCGGUCAUCGCUUGGAGCUAAAAUGAAAUUAUUUCGAUAUAAGAAAUUAAACGACGACGAUUCUGUUAUUAGUUCAUUAGUUUUUCUGCCUGAAACUGCUUCCUAUGAUUCAGUAUCGGAUGGAUUAAAUCUCUUAACUCAUACUACUACUCUUAUUCAAAUAACAUUUGAUUGCUACCACUACAUCUAA